AAAAUCUGGGAACCUUGAUCAUGAUUCUUAACAUCAAUUUUUGCAAUAACGAGCAUAUAAUAACAAAAUAUAAAUUUUUUCUACACUUCUAGAAUAAAGUUCAAAUUUAAUUAAAAAGCUGUAAAAUGGGAGAUGUGCAGACACUGAUUGAUAUGGGAUUCGCCAAAGAAAGGGUAGAAUAUGCUAUAAAAAUUACCAACAACAAAGGCGUCGAGCCGGCUAUGGAAUGGCUGCUGGCACAUGCCGAUGAAAAUAUACCAGCGGAAGCGUUAGCAACUGAAGCCGAAACACCAAAAACUGAGAGCGAUGCAAAUGAUACCGAUGCUGCCAGUUCUUCCGCUGCUGAAGCGAAGUCCUUGAAAUGCGAUGAUUGCGGCAAAUUGUGCAAAGAUCAAACUGAAGUCGAAUUCCAUGCAGCCAAGACUGGCCAUAGCAACUUCUCCGAAUCCACGGAAGAAAAGAAACCGCUCACAGAAGAAGAGAAAAAAGCACAACUGGCAUUGAUUGAGGAAAAGCUGAAGCAAAAACGACGUGAACGCGAAGAACGUGAAAAAGCCGAAGCUUUGGAACGUGAGAAAAAUCGCAUAAAAUCCGGUAAGGAUAUGACCGAAGCACGCAAACGCAUGGAAGAGUUAGAAAUGAAAAAAAUAGUGGAUCAACGUAAGCGUGAAAAAGCCGAAGAGAAAGCAGCCAGAGACCGUGUGCGUGCACAAAUUGAGGCGGAUAAAGCAGCACGCAAAGCUAGAGAACAAAACCAAGCCGAACCAGCAUCACCAGUAACUUCCCCCACUGUGACGUCGCCGGCGUCCACUUCCACUGUCAAGGUGUCACCAAAAGAUUACACACAAACACGCAUACAGGUGCGUUUGCGCGACGGUUCCACACUAACUGAAACGUUCAACGUUAAAGAACAGUUAUCCGCCGUGCGCGUUUUCAUACAACUGAAGACUGGCGAUGAGACACCAUUUAAUUUGAUGACAACAUUUCCACGUAAAGUUUUCACCGAAGAUGAUUUCGAUAUACCACUCGAUGUGCUUGGUCUGGUACCGUCUGCUGUGCUCAUUAUGACUAAAUAAAAGCAGUUUUACGCUGAAAUGGAAAUUGUUUGAGCAGAAAAAUUGCGUAUGCGUGUGAGUCGUCACAAAUCUAUUUUUUUUUUAUUGCUGUAUUUCAAUGUAGCGUUUUAUAUUCAACUAAUUUGUAGUAUUAGUGAGGUAUGCUCAAAUAAAAAACGGGCCAGCAUAAAUACAAAAACAAAAAAAUCUG